AAGCUGUCAUUCGAUUCGUCAACCACUGACAUUUCUACACGUUUCAUAUUUCGUAAAGACCGGUGUAUAGCUAAAUUAUUGGUAAAAUCAUGGUCUAUUUUAGGUGGAUUUAUAAGUUUUACUCAUUUAUCCUAGUAAUUAGCUAUUCGGUAAUAUGUGCCCAGUCGGACGUGCCGCGACCCCGAGGGGUUUCCUUAUCUAAGGCUUCGCUAUAUUCACCGACAAAAGACUUUACGUGUUUUGAUGGCACAGUUACGAUUCCGUUUAGUUAUGUGAACGACGACUACUGCGACUGCUUCGACGGCAGCGACGAGCCUGGCACGUCGGCUUGUUUGAAUGGAGUGUUCCACUGUACGAAUGCUGGACAUCGGUCGCAGAACAUCCCGACAUCUCGGGUCAACGACGGUAUCUGUGACUGUUGCGAUGGCACCGAUGAAUAUGCUGUGCCUGGAACCUGCCAGAACACCUGCGAGGAGCUCGGCAAGGAGGCCCGCGCCGAGGCAGAGAGGUUGGCUGAACUCCUCAAGGCAGGCAGUCAAAUAAGAAUGGAACUCAUAGAGAAAGGUAACAAAAAACGAAAUGAUAUGGCGGAAGAGCUUUCCCAGCUUGAAAACGACAAAACUGAAGCUGAGAAAAUAAAGGAGGAAAAGGAAGCCAUCAAAUCUGAGUUGGAGGCCAAGGAGAAUGAAGUGCUGAAGGUGUACAGAGAGGCUGAGGAGAGGGAGAAACAAAAGAAAAAUGAAGAAGAAGACAAUAAAACUAAGGCUGAGGCAACUGAACAUUUCACACGGUUUGACUCUGACAGUGAUGGCCAUCUGACUAUUGCUGAGUUACAGACCAGGAAUUUCUGUGACAAAGACAAAGAUGGAGAGGUGUCAGAAGAAGAAGCAAAGUACUUCCUCGCUGAGCAUGACAGUGUUGACCUGGACACUUUCAUUACACAAUCCUGGCCAUUGCUCAAACCUUUCCUUAUGUUGGAGCAUGGAUUAUUCCGAGGACCCAAGGUUGUUGAAAGCGAUGACCAUGAGCCUGAACAUGAAAUAGAAGGUGAGGAAGCAGGUGAUAUGGAGCAUGAGGAUAUAGAGGAUGUGGACCAAGCAGACAUUGACCCAUCUCAAGAUGAUCAUGAGGAAGAGGCAGAACCAGAACCCACCCAGCAGUAUGACCCAGAGACCCAGCAAGUAGUCAACGAGGCAAGUGAAGCCCGCCGCCAACUAGUAGAAGCAGAGCGCACCGUCAGAGAAAUAGACUCCAACAUCAGGAGCAUCAAGCAAAACUUGGAAAAAGAUUACGGGCCUCAGCAGGAGUAUACCACUCUGGAUGGGCAGUGCUUCGAGCAUGAGGACAAGGAAUAUGUCUACCGACUGUGCAUGUUUGACAAGGUCACACAGAGGUCCAAGAAUGGUGGCUCUGAAGUGGGUCUGGGUAACUGGGGAGAGUGGGCAGGCUCUGACGGCAACCAGUAUGCAGCCAUGAAGUACACUAACGGAAUGGGCUGCUGGAACGGUCCUAACAGGGUCACCACAGUAAAUGUGAACUGUGGUUUAGAAAAUAAAAUUAAUUCCGUUACUGAACCAUUCCGUUGUGAGUAUAAAAUAGAACUGAGUACCCCAGCAGCUUGUGAUGACUCCAGGCCACAACAUGCGUCGCAUGACGAGCUGUGAAAAUUAGCAUUGCUCAGUUUUUCACACCUUGGUUUGUGUUGUCAGCGUCCAUGUUACCCCUUAAGUAAAGUGAUAUAAUAAGUCACUGUUUGAAUGUUCAGCACAUUUCUCAAUUAGACAAAUGUGUGGAGAUCAAAAUUAAGUUGAAAGUAUGUAGGUUUUGAAACAUUGUGAUUGAUUCACAUAUUUUAAAGAUAGGAGGUAGUUUAAGUAGAAAAUGUUUUUUUUUAUUCACAAAAUGUUUUUGGAGUUAGUUGUUGGUAAAAUUGUAUCAUUAUUUAUUCAAGAUAACCAUAAAUAAACCUUUAUACAGUAUAAAGUUAAGACUGAGGUUUUAUGAAAUCACCCACAAAACAUUUAUUUUACAGACAUUCCACAAAUGAAAGGCUAAUUAUUAAGUAAUCAAUAGUGGAAUCAAAUUCAUUAAGUGAUCAAAGUAUGUAAGUUUAAAAUAAAAAGGUUUUUUCCAA